GGCAAGGCUUGAUUUUUCUAUCACUAGCAAUCGUAGGAUAUACAUAAACCAAAUCAAAACAUGUCGAUAAUAGCCAACGAGACAAUAAGGAACAGAAAAGAGGUUAAGGGUCAAACAAUUAAGAAAACACCCACUUGCAAUGUAAGCCAUGGUCUAGGUCGAAGGCAAUCGCUGACUGGCGUCAGUCAGAAAGUAAAAAAUGUCAAAAACUAUAAACUUAGCGAGGAAGGUGCAACGACCUGGCUAAAUUGCCAUAGUCAAACUAUUGGCGUACAGAAAAAACACAUCACGGACUUGGGAAUAGACAUAAAUAAUUUUUUUGAAGGACCGGUCAUGAAAAAUCGUCCGAAACCUUUAACUCCGAAAAACAAUAUUUCAGAUACACGAUAUGAAUCGAAGUUGCGUAAUGAUACCAAUGAUCCUGGAUGUUACAAUAAUAUGGUAACGCGGCAACAACCUAAUAAAAUAUUCAGCCACGAUAAUAAGGUACAUAUUCUAUUGAAUCCCGAGAUUGUUAAACCGAUAGAUAAAGGCAUUCUAGACAAGUUAAAGAAAUUGCCGCGACGCGCCAGUAAGUCCCGAAAUUGCCGAGUGCAGAAAAGUAACACAAGUCAUUUAUCGAAACCUUUAUAUAGCACAACCAAAAGAAGAAGUGAAAUAAGGAUGUCUAAGGAAAAUCAUGAAUAUGAUAAUAUAACACUGUGCAACUUCGAAGACAUAAUACCCAGGUAUUAUCUAGUGUAUAAUGACAGUGUAAAAUGCUACAGCUCUGACACAGGCAGCGAUGACACGAUAACCGAAAGCAGUCUAAUAGAUAAUAACGAUAUCUUCACUUCAGAGGAAGAAGAUGAUCAAAGUCGAACAGGGUAUGAAUCGAGUAUAUCCUCAGGUGAUGAAGAUCAAUAUGAAUUUGAUAGUCAUAGGCAACUGCUUGCAGAGGAUAAGGAUGAUAGUGAUAUCUUUCUAUCAAAGGAAGAAGUUUACAUCCAAGGACAUAAGGCGAGUGAAUUGACAAGCCACUCAAAAAAAGACGAGAGACUGCUUCCGGGAAAUUACUUCAUUGUAGACAACGAUUUCAAAAAUGAUGCACAGUAUGGCGAAGACAUUAAAUGCCUCGAUCAACUAUUCCGUGUGGUCAAUCCAACUUGGAAGGUACGACAAGCAUAUGUGACCAUUUUACAAAUUGCUACCCCUUGUUGGCCUCACAUGGAUGCCUCACUAUUGACGACAAUUCUGUUAAGCUGUGAUAAACAGUUGACAAACCAGGUCAAUCAUAUUUGGAUGGUGCAUAAACCAUGUGUGUACAUUUUGCAAGUUAUUCGCCCUAGUCGGCAUGAUUCUUAUUCAUCACAUCUGCAUUUUAAUAUGGCAAUUCGUCCCGGAGAGUGGAACAACUAUGAUGAUCCCCAUCCAACUCUAGUGGUGAAAAUGCAGUUAAGUUCGCUGCUAUGUAACGAAGAGGAGGAAUCAUACGUCAUACAGACGCAAGAGGAAAUGUUGGCCGAUAGCUCCAAUCAUAUAAGCCCAAUGGAAGUGAACCACUAUAAGCAGUUAAUGAAUAAUAUUUACCGCAGAAGAAUAUUGCUUGAAUUGCGGGUUGAAGAGGAAAUGCCCAAUGCAGUUAGGCGGAGGGAAUUUGUGAUAUUUGAAUUCAGCGUAAUAUGUAAUAUCUUAAGUGCAAUUGCCAUCACCACUUCGUUCUUAAUCUUUCAAGAUAUAUUUUCGGUGCGACCGAAUCUAACGUUUUGGCAGAGAAUUUUAGUAUGUUUUGGUCUCGAUAAAUCUGAUAAUUUCAAUUAUAUUUUUUAA